GACAGUCAACAUUUAUCUCCAACCACCUUUCUUAUAACUUCCCACGUCAGACCACCCCAAUUGAGUUUCUAGUAUUGUGUAUUAUCCUGCGACAAUGUUUUCUCGUUACGCUUUCCGUUGCGCUCAGCCCUUGAGACAGAGUGCCCGCCAAUACUCUACCGAAGCGCCUAAGGGCAAGUCUCUUGCUCCUGUCUAUCUGACUGUUGGUUUGGCCGGUCUUGGUGUCGGGCUGUACCGCUAUCAGUCUAGCGCUGCCACCGCAGAGACUCCCAAGGAGCGAUCCAAGGUUUUCACUGGCGGCGACCAAGGAUGGGUUGGCCUCAAGCUGUCCGACACUGAAAUCCUAAGCCACAACACCAAGAGACUGCGCUUUGAAUUCGAAGACAAGGAAGCUGUCUCUGGUCUUCAUGUCGCCUCUGCUCUCUUGACCAAGUUCACCCCUGCCGGUGCUGAGAAGCCAGUUAUUCGCCCUUACACACCCACUAGCGAUGAAGACCAGCCCGGUUACCUGGAGCUUGUUGUCAAGCAAUACCCCAACGGCCCGAUGUCUGAACACAUCCACAGCAUGAACGUCGACCAGCGCCUGGAAUUCAAGGGACCUCUUCCCAAGUACCCUUGGGAAGCUAACAAGCACAACCACAUCUGCUUGGUCGCUGGUGGAACAGGAAUUACUCCCAUGUACCAGCUGGCUCGUGAGAUUUUCAAGAACCCCGAUGACAAGACCAAGGUCACCCUGGUCUUUGGAAACGUCAAGGAAGAGGACAUUCUUCUUAAGAAGGAGUUCCAGGACUUAGAGAACACCUACCCCCAACGAUUCCGCGCCUUUUAUGUCCUUGACAACCCCCCUCAGGGCUGGACCGGCGGCAAGGGUUACAUCAGCAAGGAACUUCUGAAGACCGUCCUUCCCGAGCCCAAGGAGGACAACAUCAAGAUCUUCGUUUGCGGCCCCCCUGGAAUGUACAAGGCCAUUAGCGGUCCUAAGGUCAGCCCGAAGGACCAGGGCGAACUCUCGGGUAUCCUGCAGGAGCUGGGAUACAGCAAGGACCAGGUCUACAAGUUCUAAGAAGGCUCUCUCUGACAUUAUUUGUCUGUUACGCUGUCUAAUUUGGCGACAUGUUUCAAGCGAGUGCUAUCUGUGAUUCUGAUUCCUGGCAAAGGCACUUACGCCAUGCUUGUAUAUCCGGCUAGAAUUAUUAGCGGGCAGCCUACAGUGUACGCUACCAUACAUGAUAGAUAUAGGAAGUCUAGACAACUGUAUUUCUACAACCACC